AGAAAUUGAUAGAAAUAUUAAAAAAAAAAAGCCAAAAAAAGAUAUCUCUUCUGGCUUUUCAUAGAGACUGCCUUCUUCCCUUCUCUUCUUCCUUCUUUAACAAAGCCCAAAACCCACCUUGUUACAUUCACAUUGUUCCAACUCAUCAUCACCAUCACACAGCAGCUUCCUCCGCUUGCAUUCCAUUAAGCCCAGAUUGUCAAGCCGAAUACCACCAGCACCUCAUCUCCUUCACGCCACCAAAGCUGAAACCCAUUUCACUCUCACCUUUGUUUUUACCCAUAUACACAAACCAUUAUUCCUUCUUCCCUCACAUCUUUUACUCUGGUCACAAAGCCAUUUACGCAUCAAAAUCAGUUUCCCUUUAUUCUCAUCUUCAAUUCCAUUCCACUCCACAAAAUCAAUCGACCCAUCAAGAAUAUCUGCACAGACCCAUCAAAUCCCUUAGUUUUGCCGUAUCCAUCUGAAACGGACCAGCAAGGACCCAAGUCUCCUAGACGUACCUGAACAACGACAGCCAAAAGCCCAAACCCAGUGCUUCUUCCCCUAUUCCUGACAUUGUACCGAUUGUUCACGUUGAAAUUAUUCUCGGGUUGCUAUGGAUGCUGCCAAGUCAUUGAAUCCAGAUUCACGUAAAAAGUCAGGUGUUUCUGCUCAAGGUAAGGUGGAGUCUUUAAAAAAUGCGAUGGAUGGAUUACCUACUGGUAAUGAAUUGCAAAAAAAAGCCAGUGCACAUGCGAGGGAGCAAAAGCGUACGCCAAGAGAAAUUACUGGUUCAGAAACAAAGCAAGUGAAGGGAGCUCUUCCUGAAGGCUUCUUUGAUGAUAAGGAAGCAGAUUUGCUUGCUCGUGGCAUUAAGCCUGUUAAGCCAGAUGUUAAAGAUGAGUACAAGGAAUUUGAGAAGUUGAUCCAAGAAGACUUGCAAGAAGUGGAUGACCGUUUAGAAGAAGAGGAGAUUGAUGCAGCUGAAAUGUUAGAAGAGGCCGAAUCAUUGGAGCAAAAGACGUAUAGGGAAAAAGUUGAAUCGCUGAGGAAGAAGCGAAAGGAGUUGAUGGCUGCUAGGUCUGCCAAGCGUAGCAGAGAUUCUAGUGCUGCUGGAAAAGAGUAUAGUCAAGAAGAGUCGUCAAGCGAUGAUGAUAAUGAUGAUAAUUUUGCAGUUGACUGGAGAGCUCAACACCUGUGAGAAAAUUUUCUUCUGUAGGUGCCAGAUUAGGCUCCAUCUUUUAUACUGUUCGAUAUGUGAAUACCAGUAGCUUCUGAAAACAAAAUUGCAGUCAGAAUACAAUGGAUAGCACUGACAACAUUUGCAAAAUUUCCUCUAUUGUUAUGUUUUCAACAAAAUGAAUGGAGAGCUCAAUAACUGCGAGAAAAUUUUAUUA